AACCACAGUUUCUCCAACAACUCGCCACCAUUCCCUCUCUCUCUCUCUCUCUCUCUCUCUAGAAAGUUGAAACACAUUUUCUUUUCUUCCCCAAAUCUCUCACAUCAAUCCUAGUUUUCAGUGUCCAUCUCUCUCAAACAUGACUGACAGAGUGUACCCCUCAAGCAAGCCCAACCCCACCGCCGCGCCACCUCUCCCCAACCCCCCUUCCAAAUUCCGCCACCCCUACCGUCCCACCCCCUCCUCCCGCCGCCAACCCCUCCAAAAAAACCCCAAAUUGAGCUGCCGCCGCUGCUGCUGCCUCCUCUGCUUCUGGUCAAUCCUCCUCCUCACCCUCACCCUCCUCGCCGCCGCCAUCGGCGCCGCCGCCUUCUACGCCCUCUACCACCCCCACCGCCCCCAAUUCUCCGUCACCUCCCUCAAAAUCUCCGCCUUCAACCUCUCCACCACCCCCGCCGACGACUCCACCCACCUCACCGCCAAAAUCAACCUCACCCUCUCCGCCAAAAACCCCAACAAGAAAUUCCUCUUCUCCUACGCCCCAAUCUCCAUCUCCGUCCAAUCCAACUCCAUCACCAUCGCCAACAACACCUACCCCGCCUUCAACAGCUCCGCCUCCGCCAUCUCCCUCAUCCACACCUCCACCCCGCCCCGCACCCAGCUCCUCGACGCUGAUUCUCUCAAUUACAUCAACUCGGAUCUCAAGCGGGGCGCCCUUCCGGUUCGGAUCCUGCUGGAUACAACCGUCGUCGUCAAAAUGGAUAAGAUCAAGACGAAGAGGUUCGGGAUUAGAGUGACGUGUGAUGGGAUUCACGGAAUCUUGCCCAAGGGUAAAACCGUCUUUCCGGCCAAGACCACCGACGCUGAAUGUGAGGUUGAUCUCAGAAUCAAGAUCUUCAAAUGGACAUUUUGAUUUUUUUCAUUUUAACUAAUCGCAUUUUAUUUAUUUUUAAAUGUGGAUCGGUGCCUCUCUUUUUAAUACUUAUGCUAUUUUUUUGGGAAUACAAUGCGGGUUACUUUUGGUAUUAGUGGGGAGUAAAGGGAUGUAUCUGUAUGUAAUUCUUUUUAUUGCAUUAUAUUUUACUACUAAUAGAUGAGAGUGGAUUUAUACGAUA